GAGCAAUUUGGGGUUAGGCGUUUGGCUCGAGGUCGGUCUGCUUCAAAGUCACGCGGUGGUCAGAUAGCACGAGGCAGAGGAGAGCGCAUAAUUAAAAGAAUAGUGCAGCAAGAUGUCCUAUAUCUUUUGAUAGUGAACUUGCCAAGUGAGGAAGAGGUCCAGGAGUCCAUUUCCCAGCUUGAACAUAUGAUG